UUUCCCGCUCACCCGGGACCAAUGGUCUGGAGUCGCUCAUCUUCAACAAGUGCGAGUACUGGGCCUUCCCGUGCGCCUCCAAGGACCAGUGUGUCAACAAGACUCUGGUGUGUGACGGCACACCCCACUGCCGGGAUGGUUCGGACGAGGAUUCUGUCUGUGAUGAGUACUUUAACCGGUUUUGGGAGGAUUCCUACAACAAGCGGGCAGAUGGAGAUAGAGAGGAGGCGUCCACCGACUGCU